UUUGUUUUUGUGAGUGUAGGUGGAGUCAAAUGAUUUUUGAGGAGGGGAGGACGGGAUUCUUAUAAAAUCCAAUGCUUACACAUCCUGAAGGAGACAAAUUGGUUUGUUCAGCUAGCCAGAUGGUAGCUCAGAUGAGAAAGAUGACCUGGUACUUUGCAGCACAACUCAAGAACUUACAUACAAGUGGAAGGUGAAGGAAAAGCUUCAUAUCCCGUACAAACCUUGGCUGAAUAAGAUCUGUUAAAAAACCUCAUCACCAUCACUACCACUCCAGAAAAAAAAAAAAAAAAAGAAAAAAACAAUCCAAACACCAGAGAAGAACUAAGAAUUAAAAAAGAUGCAGGCUAAAGACAGCAGUCCACCCGACGGUGGCUAUGGAUGGGUUGUGGUAGUGUCAGCCUUCAUGGUGAUGGGCCUUACUGCUGCUGUCCUCAAGACUUUUGGUCUGUUCUUUGUUGAAAUCCAGCAGCACUUUGAUGAACUUGCAAGCACCACUUCUUGGAUCACAUCAGUAACCAUUACCGUCUUUCAUUUAGGAGCCCCUGUUGCCAGUUCACUGUGUGUACAAUAUACCCAUCGGAGAGUUGUGAUCACUGGAGGACUUCUGGCUUUUUCAGGAAUGGCAUUGGGAUUUUUUGGACUCAACAUGGUCUGGUUGUUUGCAACAACUGGCUUCCUACAGGGUCUUGGCAUUUCUUUUUCGUGGACACCAGCCAUUAGCAUCGUUAGCCACUAUUUCUCCAAGAAAAGGGCUUUGGCCAAUGCUAUUGCCAGUGCUGGAGAAUGUGCCUUUGCAUUCAUGUUUGGGCCAUUUUUCCAGUGGUUGAUUGGUCAAUAUGGAUGGAAAGGUGCCCUCUUGAUCAUAGGUGGCAUCCAACUCAAUAUUUGUGUCUGUGGAGUACUGAUGCGACCCCUGGCAAGCAGCUACUUCCUUGAGGCCAGCCAUUGUGAAAAUGAAACACCAUCUGGCAAUGGUGCAUCCAGGACAGACAAAGAAGAUCAGUCUCCCAUCACGCCCAAAACCUUCAACUGGAUGCUUGUGAGGCAGCCAGAAUUUGUACUUUAUGCCAUUUUUGGUAUAUUAGCUGCUAUGAGUUUUUUUGUUCCUCCGUUAUUUUUAGUUCCACUUAGCUACAGCCUGGGAAUAGAUGAAUCCUGGACUGCAUCCCUCCUAUCCAUUUUGGCUAUGGUGGACUUUGGAGGCAGAUUGCUGUGUGGCUGGUAUGCCAACCUCCACGUUACCAAAAGCAUUCAUUUACUGGCAAUGGCGAUUACAUUGAUCAGUACUUCCCUGAUGCUCUUGCCACUGGCUAACAAUUACCUUUCCCUGGCAAUAUUCACUGGCUUCUAUGGAUUCUUCUUUGGCACAACAGUCGCCAUUCACAUUACAGUGCUAGUAGAUGUUGUAGGCAUGCCAGAAUUUGACAGUGCCCUAGGACUCUUCAUGCUUAUUCGAAGCACUGGAGGUUUUGUGGGGCCUCCUCUUGCAGGUCUGAUUGUGGACAUGACUGGAGAUUACAGAGCAGGCUUCUACAUGGCAGGAGUCAUUCUUGUCCUAUCCGCUGGAUUUUUAAUUAUUUUAGAUCUACUCCAACAGAGAAAAAUAAGAGGAAGCAAGAUUAGAACCAAACCAGAAAAGCCAACGUUACCUUACGCUUCCCUGCAUAUCCUGAAGCAUCAAACCAGAAGGGAUGGAGAGCACAAUGUAGUGGUGUGACUACAUGAGACCUCUGACAGCAUCUCAAGGACACAUGGAAGUGUUUUAUUUUUGCCUAAGUCACUAUUAUUAGGAUUUGCAAAAGAACAGAAAUUUUGGGUACAAUUAUUUGAAACAAAGGAAGAAAGUAAUUAAUUUACAUGCAAAGUAGAGCAGUAACCAUUACCAUGUUAUCUUGAUAUUGAAGUUGCAUUUUGACUACGCAAGUCUUCAGUAGAGUCCCAGAGGGCUGUGCUAAAUGAAAUAGGCAAACCAUAGUCUAAGCUAAAUUGCUGUGAAGUGUAUGUGCAGCAGAUACAAACUCUACCCUCAACUGCAGACUGCAGCUAUUGCUAAAAAAAAGGAAGAGGCAUCAGCUCACAA